AUGGCGACUGCGACGAUGAGGAAGACGCGGGGAUUGUGGCGGCGCUCUUUUUUCCCUAAUCUCCCUCCGAUUCCAAGUCUCAACCCCUCCAUCCGCCAUCGAAAUCCAGCGAACGAAGGCCAAGAAGGAGAAGGGGUAGCUGCAGUGGUGAAGAUCGACCGCCGGUCGUCGUCGCCAUCCCGUCGUCAUCUCGUCCUUCUUCAUCCUCCAGAUCGAAGGCCAGGAGGCAGUAGCAGCAGGCAGAACAAAACAAAACAAAAACAAGAAGAAAACCAGAGAAACGAGGCAAACAAGGUCCAAGUUGGGGAGGAAGAGAUGGCAGGUCUAGCAAGGCCACAGUUCGUGCUGUUUGGGUCCUCAAUUGUUCAGAUGAGCUUCAGCAAUGGCGGAUGGGGUGCUAUUCUCGCCGACAUCUAUGCUCGUAAGGCGGACAUAGUGUUGCGAGGAUAUUCAGGUUGGAACUCCAGGCGAGCUCUCCAAGUUCUCCAUCAAGUCUUCCCCAAAGACGCCGCCGUCCAGCCUUCCCUCGUCGUCGUUUACUUCGGCGGCAAUGACUCAAUUCACCCGCACCAAACAGGGCUCGGCCCUCACGUCCCUCUUCCCGAAUACGUCGACAACAUGACCAAAAUCGCCCUCCAUCUCAAGAGCUUAUCCGACAAGACCCGGGUGAUUUUCCUCACUGCCCCUCCUGUAGACGAGGACCUUAUGAACACAACGCUAGGUAAUGUGUUCGACAUGGUUCGGACGAAUGAGGCGUGCGGGGUUUACUCCCAAGCGUGUAUGAAGCUGUGCGACGAGAUCGGCGUUAAAGGAGUGGAUCUCUGGAGUUCGAUACAGCAAACAGACAACUGGAAGAAUUGCUUCACGGAUGGAAUCCAUCUGUCGCCGCAGGGGAGCAAGGUGGUGGUGAAGGAGAUUCUCAAGGUCAUCAAGGAAGCAGAAUGGGAGCCAAGCCUCGACUGCAGAUUCAUGCCGGUCGAGUUUCCAGAAGAUUCGCCAUACGAUAUGGUUGGUAACGACGGGAAGACUAUCAAUAUCUGCAAUUUCGACUUCAACAAAACUGCUCUCUGGGAUUAUUGAGAGUUCACUUCCAGUAGACAGGGUUUCGCGUCAAUUCUGUCUAUUUUAAGUUUUAGCUAUCCAAUGCUGUCCCUAUUCUAUUUGUAAUUUGAUCGACUGUCCGAGGACAAGAAAACAAAGGGACAUUGUGUCGUCCAUAAUAAUGAACACAAGAAAUAAGUCAAACGUGUUAAAAAUUUGAAUCAGCUCACUCGAUCAUGUCUCAUCUUUGUUUGUUCAGACGUAGUUAUAUUACAAGAGAAGGUAAGUUAAAGUUCCUACCAGAUGUGCCCCAGCCAAACAACCCCGCCUUCACCAUUCUCCCUAAAUGUGUCCAGCGACGAAGUCAUACAGAUUCCCCCAAACCAAGCGUAUAUAACAUGUAUAUUAUCCGUUACAAAAGAAUGAUAAUACAUACAAAAUGAGCAGAGCAUGAACAAAAGGCAGCAGCAAAACCACGAACAAAAAAAAAAAAAACAGAUAAGGAAACCAGCACAAUUUUCCCCUUCUAAAGCUCCCCCGGCAACCUAAUUCGAACCAUAUC